GAGACAGCUAGACAUCACUCUGGCCCGGCAAAAGAAAAUCCAUACAUACACGUGUAAAUUGACAGGAUAGUAACAGCAAAUAAUACAGCGAUACUAAUCCUUGGAUUUCUCACCUGUGAACGCAAAACUACGGAUUUUCCCCCCUUUUCGUCUUUCGAACAUGAGGAGUGGUUUUACGUAAUUGGAUUAUUGCACUUUUGGGUAUCACCAACUCAAUCACCGCCUGGGGUAUUUCGAAUUUUCGUCAUUUUCCGCUUUUUGAUCCACAGGAGGAGGGGUUAGAGUGUGAUGAGAAAGAAUGUCCCAGACACAUUGCCCCGACAUGGAAUGGCACUGAAUCUGCUCGUCAUUCUGUUCAUUGUCUCGUAUAAGGGGAUACUAAUACAUGCUGCCACCACUUCCGGUAAAGCUUUCGUCACUUCCUCUACACAGGAUGGCACCACUUCCGGUAAAGCUUUCGUCACUUCCUCUACACAGGAUGGCACCACUACCUUUUCAAGUAGUGGAACGACGGAAACGGGCCUCUCCACAGGACAAGCCUCCGCCAAUGCCACCAAUAUGCUAGACUCGUCUCCAUCUUCAUCAACACCGUCAUCCUCAUCCUCAUCGUCGACGUCAUCUUCAUACUCAACUACCUCAACGCUACCAAAUUUACCAUCAACGUCUUCAUCGCAAUUAACAUCCGGCAGCUCUUCUUCGUCUUCCAAUCCUUUAGUGCCUGCUACGAACUCUGUACCUAAUCAGACUGACAUAAUGUCUACAUCAUCAGACCCAUUAAAUCCUAAAUCAUCAGUCACACACGAUAUCACUGAUACCACACAAACACAUUCGCCGAGUCCUAUACUUACAACUAUGAAAUCCGAAAUAAGUACUACACAUUCGACAACGAGUCAAACAAAUGACAUAUCGACCGGUGAAGGGAUGUCAGUCACAGCUUCAACAAAUACAGCAAGUGUGUCAGUAACAUUAAAGUCAACAGCUGAAAUAAAUGUCUCAACUGUUUUUUCUAUUGAAACACAAACCAGCUCAAGUCCUGACGAAUCGUCAACAUUAACAACAACUGGAAGCAUUGCAGCAGGUUCCUCUACUGGUACAGGCGCUGGCAGUACUGGCACGAUGCCCAGUUCCGUAUCAAGCACAACUGUGACAGCAGAAAUGUCACCAUCAGCCUCGAUAACACCGAUCACGACCUCGUCGAGUACAGUAAGUGAAGCAUCGACAUCAACACUAUCGUCUUCGCCCACCACACAAUCGACAGGCCAAGCUUCCAGCAGUACAGUGAGCGGUAGCACAGCAACAUCAGCUGUAACUAGCAGUACAAGUGUACCUGUAACUCCACAGUCAACAUCUAAGGCAACUGACUCGUCAACUCUUUCUACUGCAAUGCCGACGGGCUCAACAGGUCCUGUCACGUUAUCAGAAUCAACAACAACCAGACGUUCUACUAGUGCUUCCUCUCCAACAACAGUGAAAACACUGUCUUCUGUGAGCACAUCGCAAUCAAGCACUGCCACCGGAAGUUCCAUCUCUCCAACCAGUACUUCGACAUCGUCAAGCACGCUUCCAUCGGAAGGUACCUCAUCAACUGCGACAACUUCCCUCGGCAGUUCCACCACUGUGAGUUCUAGUACGCCUGGAAGCAGUGCCGCUUCUAGCACAACUGUAACUGCCUCAACAUCCCAAUCGACUAGUCCUGUUGUAACAUCGGCUUCGACGCCGGUAGUGAACACUAUGACCGGGGGCAAUGGUACGACUGCCUCUACGACGUCAACAUCACAGACCGACACAACUACAAAAGCAAGCACGAUGUCAAUACCUUCUAGUGGAAGCACUUUAACUGCUACGGAAACUUCUUCAGUUCAUAGUAGCGCAGGUGGCAGCACAACAACUGCGAUGAAGUCGACAAGUGAGUCUACGAGCAACAGUCCAACGACUUCGAAGAGAACAGUCCCUAGCGGUACUGGAACGAUGCCUAGUUCCGUAUCAAGCACAACUGUGACAGCAGAAACGUCACCAUCAGCAUCGAUAACACCGAUCACGACUUCGUCGAGUACAGUAAGUGAAGCAUCGACAUCAACACUAUCGUCUUCGCCCACCACACAAUCGACAGGCCAAGCUUCCAGCAGUACAGUGAGUGGUAGCACAGCAACAUCAGUUGUAACUAGCAGUACAAGUAUACCUGUAACUUCACAGCCAACAUCUAAGGCUACUGACUCGUCAACUACUUAUACUGCAAUGCCUACAGGCUCAACAGUUCCUGCCACGUCAUCAGAAUCAACAACAUCUGGAAGUUCUACUAGUGCUUCCUCUCCAACAACAGUGACAACACUGUCUUCUGUGAGCACAUCGCAAUCAAGCACUGCCACCGGAAGUUCCACCUCUCCAACCAGUACUUCGACAUCGUCAAGCACGCUUCCAUCGGAAGGUACCUCAUCAACUGCGACAACUUCCCUCGGCAGUUCCACCACUGUGAGUUCUAAUACGCCUGGAAGCAGUGCCGCUUCUAGCACAACUGUAACUGCCUCAACAUCCCAGUCGACUGGUCCUGUUGUAACAUCUGCUUCGACGCCGGUAGUGACACUAUGA